AUGAUGAUGGUGGUGAUGGUGGUGGUGGUGUUGAUGGUGAAAACUGUCAGUGCUGGUCACAACGCGGAACUGUGUGUGGUGGAGACGCCGCUGGUGACCCCAUACGUGAGGUCACACAGGUCAACCCCCACUGAAUGCCUGGGUUGCCUAUUUACUCACCACAACACCAAAUACACCGCUCUCAACACCAGAAUCUAUAAAGAGGUUCAUGUAUUAGAUUUUGAGAGCGUGGAGGGUGAGGUGGUGGUGGUGGUGGACGGUGGGGGUGUUGGGGGGGGUGGUGGUGGUGUUGUGGUGUUGUCAUCACCUCCUACCUCUCUACCGGUGUUCAAGAUUAGACCCCCGUUUUCUUUUAGCGGGGGUAACCAGUCUGAAUAUUUGUUUGUGGUGAACCCCGGAGUGAAGGUGGAAGUGACAGGUUUGCCCUACACCACCACCACCAUCACCGCCACCACCACAGACCUCCUCAACACCACGAGAGAGAAGUUUGGCGUGGUGUCGUCCUAUACACGGGUCUUUUCGGCUGGUGAAGUGACUCUACGCCUUGGUGGUGGUGAUGGUGGUGGUGCAGAGUGUGGUGAUGAUGGUGAUGUGGUGUCAGCCAGCCCAGUGGUGCAGUGUGCCAAGGUGGAGCCUCUUAGUGUGGAUGGUUGCUUCCACCGAGACAUGCUGGGCAGAGGGGACAGGGACAUCCAUAUCAUCGAAGUGAGCAACUCAAAUAGCAGUGUGGUGGUGGAGCUGGUGGGCGGCAGUGGUGGUGACAGCGAUGGUGUUCUGCGUAACAUCACCCUGGUGUUGAGGGCGGCCCACUCCACCACCUGGCAGCUGGUCACCACUCACCUUCAUGGCUCUGUGACCUUGCUUGUGGGCGGCGAGGACCAGGUAGAGAACACAUCCGUCCCAGGAGCAGGUGUGGGGUCAGGUGUGGAGGUGACAGUACGCAGGGUUGACCUCCCAGCGACCUUUGACCAGCUCCUCCUAAGGGUCCUCACUAGCAUUGGCCCUCCCACCUCCUACACCAGAGCUAAUGCCACCUCUCAUGUUAGCCUCUCUGUGGGUGUUACUGAUAACCACAUCAAUUUUCCCUCGCAUCUGAGAAACUACGACAUUCCUACAGUGUACAGAGACGACCCAGCUACAGUCAUCCGUGGAGGGCUCAUAGUGUCCUGCAGCCCCUCCGCCAUGACUCUCCUGCCCUAUGCUACUGCUGAGGCUGUUGGGGGUGUGGCCAUGGCUCUCCUGGACCGGGCCUGCGUGGGGUCAAGAAAUGGGACGCAUAUUGUACUGAGGGCUGAGUUUGGCCGGUGCAAGUUUGAGAAGAGGGAAGGAUCGCAAGGGAACUUCAUCUACGCUAACUUGCUGAGCAUUGAGUUGGGUCCACCGCUGAGUGAUGACGAGGACCUGGUUGGCUCGGGAUAUGGUUCGGAGGAUGAGUAUUACCCCUCGGCCCUGCCCUCCCUGCCGGUGACUUGCCAGGGAGACGCUCUGCCAUCCCCCUCCCUGCCACCGCUGCCCCCUCUGCCCCCCCGGCCACCAAGUAGACUGCCUGCUGUCGUGCCACCUCCACAGACCAGCCAUAGGGGUUAUAGUAAGGUUCCCCCAGGAGUAAGGGGCGCCAGCUACACCCUCACCCUGUACACAGACGCCUCCCUGACACACCCCAUAGCUGCUGCAGCCGCCGCCGCCGCUGCCACACCCACCCCAGUCGCUCCACACAGCCGCCUCUACGCCCAGGCUGCUCUGGCUAGUGUACUGCCCUGGACCACCACUACCACCACCACCACCACCACCACCAACCUUCGAGUGAUGCUGGAGGAAUGCUGGAUAAGUAACACCACUGCCAGUACACCACCACACACCACCACCACCGCCACCACCACCCACCUGCUGCUGAGGAAAUCCUGCCGUGUCCACCCGUCUGUGAGUGUGGAGCCCGUUCACACACACGCCCCCACCUUCAGUUUCCAGGUAUUGGCAGAGUAUGCAGCAAUGGACGUGUUUUACCUCCACUGUCAGCUUGGUGUGUGUUCCCCAGACACUCUGCCAAGGCCCACCAUUAUCAAGUGCAUAGAGCCCUCCCUGUACUGCAGCAAGCCAGCUCUUCUGAAGGCCUUCGAGAGACAGCCAGCCUCCUCCUCCCUGCAGACACUCACCCUGGGACCCCUCACCUCUGCCUCCACUACUAAAUUGGCUCUUUUUGGCACUACACACACCACCAGCAGUAGCCAGGGCCUCCACCACAGCGACACCACCAAGGCAGCAGCUACGGCGGAGGUGACAGAGGGCAAGACUCAAAUAGUGGUGUUGAAGGGGCUUUCAACAGAGGUGGUUGUGGGAAUCGCACUGGCUUCGUUUGUCAUUGGUGUUUGCUUGACGGCUACGCUCUGGGUGAUUCACAUGAAGACAGACCCCAAGCGGCAGAAACGAUCGGACAAUAGCAACGCCCCUCGGAAUUCUGGGUAUGAUCUCUCGGCACACUCUGGUUCCUCCACCCCCUCCUCCCAGGCCCCCAUGACCGCCUGACGCCCCCCACAUGACAACCCCCCCCUCCCGCUGUGGUCCAGGAGGGGGAAGAUCAAGUACGCCCCCCCACCGUCCACCAGCCGUGUCUGACUAAUGUUUUUUUUGAGUUUUUUUGCUGCAUUUUUUUUGCCGUUUGUAAAUUUUUGGGUUUGUUUGUGGGCUAAGUUUGGUUUUUCUUGUUCUUGUUCAUCUUCUUCUUCUUCUUCCUCUUCUUCUUCUUCUUCUUCUUC